AUGAAUGAAUGCAAUAUUACACAAAAUAGAGUCACAGGAGAUACUGGAGGUUAUGUUACAGCAGGAAUUACCUCUGAUUCAUACAUAACUUGUGUCAAUGUCAUUGAAAACAAUCAAAUAGCCCUUGGAUUUAAUCAUCACUCAUCUUCUGAAUCAUAUCAAUCAUCAAUAUUUAAAAUUACUUCAUGUAAUUAUUUAAGAAAUAAAAGUCCAGAUGAUAUUGGUAAUCUGAUUUUUGGUGGUUCUAAUGUUUUCAUGAGUUAUUGUUGUAUUCGUGAGAAUGAAAUUCCUUACAUUUUUUAUGCAUAUUAUUGUACAAUAAUAUUUGAAAAUUCAACAACAGAUAGCACUACAUAUUUCCCAUAUGGAGGUAAUUCACCAAUAUUUAAGAACACAGAUAUUUCAUUUGAAAACGAAUGUCCUCUUUUGAAUAUUCCGACAGCAGAUUUCGUCGAAUCAUUAAAAUAUAAAUGUCGUCAUCCCACUCCAAAUAAUGACGAAAACGAAGAAGAAAAUGAAAAUAAUGCUUAUGUUCAAAAUCAUGUUAAUUUUUUCUUUUUAUUCAUGAGUAGUAAACGAUUUCGAAGUCAAACAUAA